CUGAUACUGCGGCAUUAUUCUCACUUUGUGAAGCACUGGCAUGUCUCCACAAGCCGAGCAGAUAACCCCGGAGCGAGAGGCCGAUGUCGAAGAAAAACGUUCUCCUUCGCCCUCAGUGAAGCAAGUCAUCGAUGACGAUCCUGAUGCAGAGUUUGGUGGGUAUGAGGAGAGGAGGAAACUGGAGAGAAAGCUACUUUGGAAGCUCGAUCUAAGGAUGUUCAUCCUUGUGAUUGUCUACAUCCUCAACUAUAUAGAUCGCAACAAUGCGGCUGCCGCGAGGUUGAAGGGGCUCGAGUCCGACCUUCACCUGAAGGGUACAGAGUUUGCCACCUUGCUGUCUAUCCUAUAUGUCGGCUAUAUUCUAUGUCAGAUACCUUCCAACAUGUUUCUUAACUGGACAGGAAGGCCAUCCAUCUACCUGCCCUGUUGCAUGAUGAUAUGGGGAAUGAUAUCUUGCUUGACAGGAGUCACAACGAACUUCGUUGGUGCGCUUCUUACUCGGUUCUUCCUUGGUUUCGUCGAGGCCGCAUUUUUCCCGGGCGCUCUAUUUCUGCUUUCGAAAUGGUAUACAAAACAAGAGCUGGGAGUACGCACAGCUAUUCUCUAUAGCGGCAAUAUCAUCAGUAAUGCUUUUGGAUCUCUCAUGGCAAGCGGAAUCCUGAGCAGAAUGCAAGGUGCCCUGGGUCACGCUGCUUGGAGAUGGCUCUUUUACAUCGAAGGCGCGCUCACAAUUUUCUUCGCCAUCUGCGCCAUCUUCAUUCUCCCAGACUUCCCAACGACGACAAGAUGGCUUAGCCCGCUCGAACGAUCCUUGGCCCUCAAGCGCAUGGCAUCUGACUAUGCAGGUAUUGGUGACCAGGGAGAGACGGAGCACGAAGGUCAUGGUUACGGAUUGAGGCUUGCGAUGACAGAUUGGAAAGUCUAUUGGCUCGCCUUGACUAUGACAAGCAACGUCGUUGGCCUGUCCUUCAACGCCUUCUUCCCGACAUUGAGCGCGACAAUGGGUUUUGGGACGACUAUAACACUGGUGCUGUGCGCGCCUCCGUUCAUUGUAGCGGCUGUGGCAGCUUUGCUGCUGUCGAGACAUUCGGAUAAGACAGGGGAGCGGUUCUGGCACAUCAGUGGUUCGCUCGCCCUAGGGAUCCUGGGAUUUAUCAUCGCCAUCGCCACCAUGAACACCGCCGCACGAUACGUUUCACUGUUUUUGAUGGCACAGUCUUACGCGGGUUUCGUGUGUUUCUACGCCUGGCUGAGCAACUCGUUUCCGCGACCUCCAUCGAAGCGCGCUGUGGCACUUGCGUUCAUCAACGCGUUCUCGCAACUUGGAAACGUCGCUGGAUCUUAUGUUUGGCCUACCGGAUGGGGACCAACAUACCGCAAUUCGUACGCGAUAUGCAUCGCGUGCUUCGGUCUGACUAUCGUGAUGCUCUGGAUAUAUCGGAUGUAUUUGAGCCACUUGAACAAGAAGCUGGAGGAAGAGGAAUUGGAGAAGGGGAUCACAGAGAAAGGCUUUAGGUACCUACUCUAAUCACGGGUGGUACCAGGCAACAUAACGAUCCUCUAUAUACUCAGUCCUUCCAUGUACGGUUCAAUUAUUCUGAAAAGAGAUGGAAAUCAUGUACGCACUAUUAUUCGGCGAAGCAAAAACUAAGAAUUGUGCUGAAG